AGGGAGGUCUGAUUAGUUUUGCGUUGGGUAUCAGUCCGACACUCCCCCAAUCCCUCCUUGACAAGGGUCGUUCACCUCAAAAACCAGCUGUCCCUGCGAUCUCGGGUCUUUGCCGCAGCUGGGGAGUUGCCCUUAAAAUCGAACACCACCCCUCUCAGCAGAAAAAAAGCGGGAAGUGAGUGGUCCAAUGUCUGGCGAAAACGCUAGAAUCCCACCAAUGGAGCCGACCAUUCUGUCCAUGGAAGUGGACGAUGACGAUUCUUUUGAAAGCGAAUACCGACUGCGAAUCGGAAACCAGGUCAAAUAUCUCAUCAUCUCUCCGGGAACCUUUGACAGAGACACGCUUUCAUUCCCCCUUCAGUCCCUUCCCAGUCUUCCUUACAACGAGGAAUGGACCGUGGCCAACAUCUCACGAGAUGGAGCCAGCGGCGACUUGAAAACUUCCAUCUUGAACCGAACACUACCUGGCGUCAAGUGUCAAUGGCAUCAUGCCUUGGUUGAUUGCCUAGAGUUGGAGAAGACCAAACAGCUCACGGUAAUGGCCUUCGAAGCCGUCCCACAUUCGAUGCUCCCAAUCAGUCUCCCAUCACCAGCCACCAUGAUCGCCAAAAUAGCCCGUUUCGAAUGGGAGCUGCCUCGCAUCGAACAAGAAACGAGAGCGUAUCAGUUGCUUGAGGGCUCUGGGCUGGCCCCGCGCUUCCUCGCCCAUGUCCAUGAGAACGGACGCAUCAUGGGUUUUCUAUUGGAGAAGUUAGAGGGACGUCCUGCCUCCUUUCAGGAUCUGAGCGUUUGCGAAACCGCUCUAGGGAAAUUCCACGAACGGGGACUUGUACAUGGGGACGUGAACCGAUACAACUUUCUCGUCACGGAAGAAGGGGCGAAACUACUCGACUUUGAACGCUUUCGGGAGAACGCUAGCCCCAAGUCGAUGAGCAAGGAACUGGAGAAUUUGCGUGCUGAACUCGUCGACGAGUCAGGACGCGGCGGAGGUUUCAUUUUCCAGGGCGAUAGCCAAAGCUGAAGACGCACCGGGUAGUUUGUAAAUGGUACGCAUGUAUGUGUAGUGUGCCUAGGAAGGAAGCUUCAGAGGUUGCCAAAUAGCCUAAAUCUUCGACCCUGUCGAAACCAUCGUCUCC